AUGUCCUACUUCAGGACUCCACAAACUCAUCCAGGUCCUCUGCCUUCUGGCCAAGGUGGGACUGCUUCUCCAGGCCUGUCCCUUGGCCUCUGUAGUCCUAUAGAGCCAGUGGUGGUGGCCUCUGGCGGAACAGGCCCACUGAGCCAGAAAGCUGAGCAGGUGGCAGCUGCUGCCCAGGCCUGGGGCCCAGCCCUGGCAAUGCCACAAGCCAGGGGCUGCCCUGGGGGGACUAGCUGGGAGACACUACGGAAGGAAUACAGCCAAAACUGCCACAAAUUCCCGCAUGUGAGGCAGCCGGAGAGCUUGGGCUGGGACAAUGGCUACUCCAGAAGCAGAGCCCCCGACCUGGGUGGCCCCAGCAGGCCUAGGCCCCUGAUGCUGUGUGGGCUGUCACCAAGGGUUCUACCUGUACCCUCUGAGGCAGUGGGGAAGGAGGCCAGCUCCCAGUCUGACAUCUGCAUCCUCACCCUCGCUAUGAUGAUCGCUGGCAUCCCCACCGUGCCUGUCCCAGGUGUUCGGGAAGAGGACCUGAUCUGGGCUGCUCAAGCUUUCAUGAUGGCCCAUCCGGAGCCAGAGGGUGCUGUGGAGGGGGCACAGUGGGAGCAGGCAUAUGCCCACACAGCCUCUGGGAAGAUGCCGCUAGUGAGAUCUAAGAGGGGCCAGCCUUCUGGCUUCUGCUUGUAGAUGGAUGAAAUAGCACCAGAUACGUAGGGUGGCUUCUCUGUAUGGUUCUUGGGCAGACAGGGUUGGGAGGAGGGCCUAUGGCAGGGAUGGGGAUAGAGCUGGUGGUUGAGCUAUUCUGACAAAUUCCAGUCCUGCAUCAGGGACUUCCAGACCCUAAAGUUUCUCCAGAUACCACUAAGACAGGAAAUAGGUUUUGUCAGGUAGAUAAAAUGGAAAUUAUCUGAGGUAGGGGCCCCUGCUUGGAGAGUUGAGGCUGCUUUUAUGUU